GUCCCGCCACUCCACCGCCAGCGCCAGCAUGAUCUCCCCGCGCCCCGCGCUGUCGCCCAGCUUCCUCGCCUUCCGUCCCGGCUCCCCUGCCGUGUCCCCGCCGCCCUCCCCGCGCCUCCACGGGCCGCCGCCCCUCUCCGCGUCCUUCUCCGCCUCCGCGGCCGUCACCGCGCCGGACCACGCGGCGGCCGCCAGCUCCUCCUUCUACGACGUCCUCGGCCUCCGCCCGGGCGCCAGCCCGCGCGAGAUCAAGGCCGCGUACCGCCGCCUGGCGCUCGCCGUCCACCCGGACGCCGCCCCGCACCCGGCCUCCUCCUCCGCCGAGGACUUCAUCCGCGUCCACGCCGCCUACUCCACGCUCUCCGACCCCGACAAGCGCGCCGACUACGACCGCCGCCUCCUCCUCUCCGCCGGGCGCCGCCGCGCGCACCCGGCGGCGCUCGGCCGCUCGCCCUCCUUCCCGGCGCGCCGCUCCCGCCGCACCUGGGAGACCGACCAGUGCUGGUGACAGCGUAAAGAUCUCCCGCGCCUACGGCUGGGGCGGCCCCUCGCUGUCGCCGUCGGGCCGCGGAACCUUCCCAUUUGGAUGGAAACGCAAAGAUCCCGGGGCUCCCCCCAGCCACUGGGCUCACCUGUGGCCGGGCGCUAAGCUUCCAGAAGAAUAGUCGCAUAGCCUCGCACGCCGUCGCCGGCGACCUGUAAAAACGUAUGGUGUGUGACGUCCCCCGCUUUGGAUCGUGGAUGUGUAUGUAUGACCUUUGGCCUGGUGUUGUGAUAGGAUCUAGGUUAACCUAAUCUACACUGGCGAUAAGGCUGACGGCGGCAGCAAUAAUGCAGUCCAGGUUUGAGAAGAAAGCGACUUGUUCUGUCU